UCCACAUCCACGUCUAGGAGCCACCCACGGCCACGGACGGAGUGCUCCAGCCUGGUCAACAGAUGGAAAGCGGGAUGACAGGUGCGUGUGAGUGUGUCUUUUGGCAGACCAUACCUGUGUGUUGACGCGAUGAGAAAGGUGGCAAAGGCGACGGCGGGGGGCUCGUCUGGUGUGCCGUCGAGCGCAGCGUCCCUCUCUCUGUCAGUGGUGUUGGUGACGGUGUCGGUGUUUGGUGUGUGUGGUGCGGCUGCAGCUGUGUGCGAUGAGGGACAGCUGGUCGGGCUGACGCAGCACCACCUCUGAUGCGAACCACACUAUCUCCAGACCUAACACGACAGGACAACGUGGGCAGGAGUGCACUCAACUCUCCUGCAUUUGUGUGUGCUUCUCGUACCGAGAUUGGUCUUGUCCUAUCGCCCCCAUCACCGCCAUCCCUAGCGACCUCCCUCAGUGUCAUGGCCAUCAGCUCCCACACCGACAAAAACCGAAACGGACUGCACGGAUCACCACCUCCACCACCAUUAGUAUCAUCUGGUGCUGCUCUGAAGGGCAGUGCGCUCGUCUUGAGACGAAGUGUCACCGUCUUGAGACGAAGAUGAGGAGGUACGGCACACGGCGACACAGGAACGGGGUCGAUGAGAGCCC